CGCUUCCAAGGCGGGCUCCGAAGCUCAAUGGUUGCUGGGCGGGGCCGUGACGUCCUUGGCGUGGCUGCAGGGGAGGCCGCGGCGGGGAAAAUGGCGGACGGAAAGGCGGGAGAGGAGAAACCUGAAAAGCCGCAGCGAGCUGGAGCCGCCGGAGGACCUGAAGAAGAAGCAGAAAAACCUGUGAAAACUAAGACUGUUUCUUCCAGUAAUGGAGGGGAAAAUUCCAGUCGCAGCGCUGAGAAGCGAUCAGCUGAAGAAGAAGCUGCAGACCUCCCAACAAAGCCUACAAAGAUCUCCAAGUUUGGAUUUGCCAUAGGUAGUCAGAUGACAAAGAAAGCCUCAGCCAUAUCCAUCAAACUUGGCUCAAGUAAACCUAAGGAAACCGUUCCAACUCUUGCUCCAAAAACCCUUUCAGUAGCAGCAGCUUUUAAUGAAGAUGAAGAUAGUGAACCAGAGGAAAUGCCUCCAGAAGCAAAGAUGAGGAUGAAAAAUAUUGGAAGGGAUACACCAACAUCAGCAGGACCAAAUUCCUUCAAUAAAGGAAAGCAUGGGUUUUCUGAUAACCAGAAGCUAUGGGAGCGAAAUAUAAAAUCUCAUCUUGGAAAUGUCCAUGACCAAGACAAUUAAAUGAUGUGUUUUGAAAUUGGGGUAUGGGGUGGGUGUAAAGUUAAAAGGAACAGUUUCCUUUUUUAAAGAAUGGUAUAAGACUAUCUUUGGAGCCGCCUUUUUUUUUCUUUUUCUUUUUUUAAAGAUUGAGUGGUACACUAAUAAAUGAGAAUUUGAAAUUAAAGGUAAUUUAUGUUUUAUAUACAGAUUUCAAGACAUUUGCUAAUUUUGUAGUUUCAUGUGAUUAGUUUCCGAAGGUUAUAGAUGAUUAAAAAAAUCAGAAAUGGUACCUUUCUAAGAAUUGCAUAUUUUUUUAGACACAACUACUAGCACAUUAAGAGGGAAGCAAAAAGUUGUCUAUUUAAACUGUAGGCAGUUACUCUCUAACUUAACUCCCUUGUUAACCUAAAGUCUGGCUCCCAGGAACAGCCUUAUAGAGAAGGGAGUAUUGUAUUGGGAGGAAAAUGUUGCUGGACUAUUGACUGAGAAAGUAAAUUAGAUAAAAAUGAAAAUACAGCUUUUUUUUUUUCCUAAUGGGCAUUUGUUUUGUUUCGAAUCAUCAUAAACUAGUUAUUGCAUUGCUAUCAGUGGAUACAGAUGCUUAGCUCUUUAAAAAGAACAUUUUAAAAUUUUAUGUAAACUGUUGAGUAUUUAAAAUAGCCCACUUCACUUUAGAGGGUCUUGUCUACCUUUGAUAGUCUUCAAAGAACAACCAUUCGCUACCAAAGUAAAUCAGUAUUUUGAAUGUGCUUCUCUUGAUUUUUGUUAUUAGCUAGUUCCUGUAAGCAUUUCCACCAGAUCUUCAGGCAAAUCAUAAGGAAGCUGUUUCUUUUAAAAUAACAAACCACCACCAAAAAUUUAAAUGUACAUAAUAGUUAAAUAUUUGGCUGUUCUUAUUUUUUAAAGGAUAUAAACACCAAAAAAAAAGGCAACAUUGUAUGAAGAUGGAAAAUAAGAAAGAUGCACUUUCUGUAACUUUAUCAAAAGCAUUUUAUGUUACUAACUUGUGAAAUCCAAUUUGAUUUGAACUUAUUACAGGAAUUCUUAUUUAGCACAAUAAUAUGGUUUCUUUUAACUGUACACAUAUUAACCAGUGGCCUCUCAAAAGCACAUUUUAGAUACUGAAAAUAAAAGGAAAGAAAAUGCAUCUUUAAACAUAUUUUAUGGAAUCUUUGACCACAUAUACUUUGUUAAUCUUUGUGUUGUAGGAUUGUGUUUAUUUUGUAUUUUUGUAUAUGAAUUCUUUUUUUAAUGUGACAGUUAAACACAUCUUUAAAAGCAUAGUCACACAUAAAAGAAACAUAUAGUAUAAUGAUUUCCUUGAAAACUCUUACAAUGUUAGAUUUGGAGGCAGCUUCAGACUGUUUAAUUGGUGAUAACUACUCGCUGAGCUCUUUUAAUAGGUAAUAACUCCAGAGAAGCAGCCUGUAUAUAUUCCUAAUACUUUGUUCACUUGCAUUUGAGUUUAGAGUAAGCCCCAAGUAAAACAAUGGAAAUGUAUAUAGAACGAUUAGUUCUUACUUACAUGGUUUAAUUAUAUCAAGAUACAUGAAUUUAACUUGCUUUAACGUAGGCAAACUUCCCAUUUUUGUUCAUUUUAAUGUUUAUGUUGAAAUAAUAUCCCAAAACGACUGAGAUGAAUGUCUUUACUAAAAUACCAAUAAAUUUGUCAAACUCUAUCAGUGUUCUUA